AUUAUAAUGCGUUGUGCUGUAAGAUACUGUGGCAACAACAAUCGAAAUGGCAAUAAAAAGAAUUGGCGCUACUUUCACUUUCCAAAAGAUAAGCAACAGCUCAAGAAAUGGAUUGAAUUCUGCGAGCGCGACAUAACAAAUCCAACAACAGCCUGUAUCUGUAAUGAGCACUUCACUCCGGACGACUUUGAGCGUAAUAUGCAAUAUGAGCUUGGUUUCACACGUAAGAACCCAACAAAAUUAAAACCUGGAUCCUAUCCCACUAUACAUGGGCCACAGACUAAGUUGUUAUUAAAUAAUGCUAAGGAUAAACGCAGAAGUUGUAAAGAUGCAAACCCAUCUAGCAACCAUAAGAAGAAGCAGAAAGUGGAAGAGAAUUCAAAUAGCUCACAGCUUGAGCAGCUUACCCCAAAAACAAACAAAAGAGAAGAGGAAGCUGCUGAAAGUGGAAAUAGCCAGUAUCAAAGCUAUGAAAUGAUAGAGUAUAUUAGCGAAUCGGACGAUGCUCCCCUAACUGAUGAGGGGCCACGAAUCGGACGUAUUGAAUUGGAAAUAAUUGACUCGCUUGAUCCCCAAACAAAUACUGAAGAACAUGUGGAAAUCAUUGAAUCUGAGAGAGACAGUUAUGCAAGGCAUUUAGAAUGCGAAGUGAGCAGCCUAAGGCGUCAGGUUUUCUUCUUGAAAGAUGAGCGUAAAAAACUGAUGGAUGAAAUUCAAAGCCUAAGAGCAAUAGUUCAAAACGCUAGACUAAAAGACGAAUCCCUGGAGAGCCUUAACCUAGCCAAUAAUAAGACUAUUAUAAAAAGUAAACACAGACCUCCAAUUAAGAAGACAGUCAUGCUAUACACAGCAAAUAUUGAUAGCAUCAGGAAAUUACGAAAAAUAAACAAAAACGACUGAGUAAAAAUAACUCUAAUAACUAAAUUUACAAACAUAUGUAUAUAAGAAAUAUAUUUUUAUACAAACAUUGUUUAUACGUAAA